GGCUUUCAUACUUCUCGUUUAAAUACUCCCUGUUCCUCGACAAUCUCUUAGGAUCCAUCCGUCCACAGCAACUCAAUCAAUUCCACCCCUCAUCACUCACAUUACCCCGCCUCCAUCAUGUCUUACGCCGAUAUUGCUGCCAAGGGCCCCAAGCAGAGCCCCGAGGAUGUAAGCCAACAGCUAUCAAAGUCUAAAUCAUCCCUAGCUAACCCCUCCAAAAAGGCUGCUGCCCCUCAACCUCCUCAAAUCCUGACUGACGAGUCUGCUUCCACCGCCUCUCUGGUCGACGUUGAUAUGCCUAGCGUGCACACCGUCCCCAACGACUUCCUUGAGCAGGAGAUCCAGACCGAGACUCAAGCAGCCCGCAUCGAGCGAGAGGAAGAGGCCAAGCAAGAGAAGCGAAAGCGUGACUCAGCCGCCUCAAAGGCCAAGCAGACCGACAACUGGCUGAUCCAGCAGUUCUCCAAGCUGUCCGACGGCGAAGCUACCGGUCUGACCGUCGCCAACCUGGCCACCGUCGUCAGUCUCGGUGCCUUCCUCGGCUACAAGGGCUGGGGCCUGUACGAGAAGGGCAGGCUCGACUGGAAGGCCGUCUCCUACGGUGUCGGCAUCCUCGCCAGUGCAGCAGCUGCCCAGGGUGCUGUCGGACGAUACCUGUACAAGGGAAAGAAGGGUGGUUCUUAGAAAGAUGAUGAUGAAAAGUGUGAAAGUCAACAAAGGAACACAGGUUGCAAAAGCCCUUGUGAAAAACUACUACAGAGCUCAGAUCCCGAAACGGCCAAUAACUCUGAUUAUGACGAGAUUACGCUGCGGGAUUUCUUGAGGGGUGCCUGAGAUGGCAGCUUUUUUUUAUUGCGUUUUGGUGCAUUGCAUUGCACUACUUUACUUUGUUUAUACUCUACUCUGGCCGAUACCAGGUUAUUACCCAUCUCAAUACAUGCUCAGGCACGAUACCAAGUUCAGUAA